CUGUCAACAAUAAAGUGUCAGCGUCAGAAACAAGAAAAGCGAAUAGAUUUCCAGACAAUCAAGACUACGUUGGCAAAAUUUAUUUAUAAUGGCAGACAAAAGGAAAACUAAAAAACGUAAAGAGGAGUUUGGAGAGCCUCCAGAGUCGGAGAAGGCGACCAGCGAGGAGUACUCGGUCGCCAAAUGGCUGAAAGCAAACGUGCCCACCAAGAAGACAAAGUUCUUGAAUCAUCAUGUCGAGUAUUUUACAGGCACAAAAGCAGUGGAUGCACUGCUCACAUCGAAAUGGGCGACCGGCAAGAAUCCGAUAUUCACAACCAGACUCGAGGUCACAGAUUACCUGCACAAAAUGUUACUACACAAACUCUUUCACAGAGCUAAAAAGGUUCCAGUAAGUGAACAAGAAUUGAAGGGAAAAUCUAAGAAAAAAGAAUUAGAGAAAUCAAGUAAAAGCGGCGACGAAAAAGAUGGAGAGAAGAGUCAGGCGAGCGCCUGCGAGGGCAAAGACAAUAAAGAAGUAAAAGAAAAAGAGAAGAAGAAACGCAAGAUCCGCCUCGAGAUGCACAUGGAACAGAUGUUCCUCGACACGCUGGACGCUUACGUGUGGAUCUACGACCCGAAGCCGUGGUACUACUGGCUGUGCGGGAUACUGGUCGUCUUCGGAACCAUUACCGUGUGCAUGUUCCCGCUGUGGCCGGCUACUGUCAGGAAAGGCGUGUACUACCUGAGUAUCGCGGCGGCCGGGUUCCUGGUGAUGAUCAUAGCUCUGACGGUGGUCCGCGUGGUGGUGUUCUGCCUCGUGUGGCUGCUGUCGCUGUCGCGGCAUCAUCUCUGGCUGUUGCCCAACCUCACCGAGGAUGUCGGCUUCUUCGCCUCGUUCUGGCCGCUUUAUAAGUACGAAUACCGCGGCCCCGGGUCCGAAGCCGAUAAGGCGUCGAAGAACAAGAAAAAGCGCAAGAAAGACAAGUUGUCUGAUGACGAGCAGGAGAAGGCGCCGCUGUUGGAGAAGCAGGAGGAGGUCGCCGAACAGGCGGAGGGGCAGGAAGAGGCCACUGUUCAGGCCAAAUCUGAACAAGAGCCACCGACGCCGCCGGCGGACAAGCAAUCAGAAUCGGAAUCUGAGAACAGCCAGCGUUCGUCAACCGACCGAGACUUCGAGAUCGUCGAGCCGGCGGACCUCGAGCCCGACCGAGACGAACACGCGUAGGUAACACCGGGGGGUUUGUGUGGGCCGGGGAUAUGACAUGUGAUACGGGGCUAUAUGAUACACUGGAAUUACGAACGAUGUGACAAUCAUGUGGGGUGUUUAUAAUGUUAUAUUGGUCUGCGGUGGGAUUUAAUAUGACACUUGUCUUUUGAAUAAAAAAAUAACAUGUUUGUGAAAAAUUGUGUCAAAGAUUUUGUGGGAAUCGAGUAAAAAAAUGAUGGGUUUGAAGGGUUUAUAACAGCUGUUUCGCUUUUUAGCGGUCGUAACACGUGUGAAAUUAACGUUGUUUUGUGAUUCUAGUGUGUCAUAUAGUUCUAUAAUUCAUUGUAGACUGGUUGGUGAAACGAAAAACAUCCUUACCUAAUUGUAAUAAAGGUGAUUUUACCACAAACAUGCGGUCUGUACGUGUGUGCGUGCGUGUACGUAUUCCCGUAUCUCUGUGCAAGUUUGGAUGUUGACGAAUACGAAUGUAUCGUGCCAUUUAUGUCACCGAUAUUCAAUGUAUACCGUUUAUUAUAUGUGCAAGCAUUCACGAUAAAUCCAUUUUUAAUAUUCUCGAAUCACUGUAGUCAAGCCAGGGUUGUUUCCUUUGCAUUUAUUAGUCUAAUGUAAAUAUUAACUGUGGUUAUUUUGUACUAAAUUUUUGUGACGCUUUUGAUGUUGAAAUUUUUCUAGAAUAUUCUUUACAAAUUGGGUAUAUGUCAAAGUUGAUCCUGGCUUGGAAUAGCGUAUUAAUAUUGCCAAUAUUACCUAUGGCUGUAUUGUAAUAUUUUAGAGUGAUAAUUAGCUAUGUUUUGGAAUAAAAUGUUAUAAUACAGCCUGUUCAAUGUUCUAUAAUAAUCUUAGUACAUAAAAAUGUACCUAACUUGGGGAGGACGCCAUACAAACAUACCCGCGGUACUCACAAUACCUGAGACUUGACGGUUGACACAGUUAGGUUAUAUUAGGUUAAAUUCCGAGUAUUUCCUUAUAAGUAUUGUCACUACACCAAACGCCAUUCAAGCGAUAUGAAUUUGGUUGGUGAUUUAAAAUUUUAACAUCCUACUGUUUCACUCAUGACGUCAAAUAUGACAUGUGUCUAGCUGUCAUAUUUAGUGUCAAUAAAUCGAUGGUAAUACCAAAUAUUCGCGUUAAAGAUCUGAAGUGGACACAUAUAAUGACACUGUGGUUGACUGAUUUUGUUAAUAAAUGUAAUAUAGUGAGAAUUAAUGUAUUAAAUUAUAUAGUGUUUGUAGCCAUAGUUAGCUUACUCUUGACGCAAGCUCAAAAUUAUUGUUUUAGUCGAUUAUGCAAGUUAACAAAAUCAGUCAAAAUGACUAUAACUCGGUUACCAUCAAAUCAUUCUCGAUUCGCUCUCUAUUUAAAUGAACUGAGAACGAAUGAAUGUUGAUGUGAACGGGAAAUUGCUAGAUCGACGAAAAUCUGUGACGUAAUAAUAUGAUUUUAGACAAUUUAUACACACACCUUCGCAGUAUCGCUCGAAGAGAAAAUACAACUCCGAAAAUAGUACCUGUUUAAAAAAUUAUGUCGAAUUAUGUGAAACUUGACACAUCGUGUCCGUUCGGCAAACUUCGUACGUCUUCGGCGAUAGUGCGAAGGUAGUUACUGUAUUUGUGCAAUUAUGUUUUACUUUUGCAUUCAUUUUAUUCAUGUUUGUUAUGUCCGUCGGGUUUUGUGAUUCGUACCUACGGCUACCGUUUGAUAUACGAAAAUUAACUCUAAUGCUUUUUGUUAGGUUUCAAUUUACGUAAUUCUUUUCUUAACUCUUAAUAAAAGUUCCAUUUCAUUUCUAUCUUAUUAAUACCAUAAAUACAUUCCUAUAUUACUUCAUCGUUUUCAUAAAAUCUAAGCAACAAUUUUACAGUUUAAAUUCACAAAUUCUUAAUGCUGUAAAUUGCUUAAAUAACUCAUAAAUCGCAUCACAAUAUGUACUAACUAGCUUUUCGUUUGUCAUAUCCAUGAGAUUUAUUUAAUUUGUGUAAUCAUAUAUAUAAAUAUUUAUACAGAACCUUCUGUUGUAUUCUCGUUUCACACAUGCUUGUAAUAAGUAUCAUUUUCCUAUAUCAAACGGUGAGGUCACGGCCUUUUAAAUAUUUUGGUGCUGUCUACAAAAUUGUGAAUAAAUAAUAUUUAUUUCGCGAAUACCGCGUUUCUAUUUAUGUGCAUUUUUUUUCACAAUACAUUUUGUUGUUUUUUUUUUUGUAAAUACGCUGGCACUCGUAACAAGAUCUAUUUGUCGUUUAAUAACGAAUUGUAUCAUGUUAAUCAAUGGUAUUUCAAUAAAGUGAUACUCUUUU